AUGUCCACCCAACCACCACCACCACCACCACCACCACCUCAACAACAACAACAACAAUCACCCACCUCCUCACCCACCCCCUCCCAGCGCACCCUCGAAGCCAAAGCAGCCUUCACCGCCUCCCUCCGCUCCGCCGGCGCAAACUACGAUGCCGAGCUGCGCGACCGCGCGCGCACGCUGCACGAGAACGCCGCCGCGCUAGACAAGCAGGAGGCGGAGCUGCGGCGGACGACGGCCGAGCUGGGCCGGCAGAAUGAGCAGUGGGAGAAGGUGGCGGAUACGGCGCGCGAGGGGCUCAAGGAGAUUGGGGACGUGCAGAAUUGGGCGGAGUUGAUUGAGAGGGAUUUUUUGGUUGUGGAGGAGAUGUUGAGGGAGGUGGAGGCUAGGGAGGAAGGGGUGGGAGAGGAAGGGGAGGAGGAGGAGGAGGGGCGGAUGAUGAUGGAUGGGAAGGGGAAGGGGAACGGCAAGGGAAAGGACGAGGGGAAGGGUGGGUGGUUGAGGUGGUGGUGA